UUUAUUUUUAGAAAAAUGAAAAAUUAAUAGACAUAUUUCAUACUUAUAAUUUUAUAAUUAUAAUUUAUUUUCAUUAUCUUCUACCCUCCCCAACAAAAUAAAAAUUCUAGCAAGUCUAACACAAAAUAUCCUAAUUUCAAUUCCAGUUUGCCAAAAGAACCCAAAAAGUAGUUAAUUUCCAGAUAAUAUACCGAGUAUAAAUGAACAGUAGAUUGGCUGAAUGAUACAUAUAGUACGGUGCUUAAGACUCAAAAGUUGCAGAAUCACAUCAAGUUUUGGUCUUGUAAUUUCUGGUUUUCAAAUAACCUUGGUUUUGGAUAGAUCCAAAAAUUUUUUAAAAUGAGAAGAAAUAAUGGAGGCAAUUACACAAACCCAUGUCUUACAAUGCAUCAGCCAUGGGCUUCUCUCCUCGUUUAUGGCAUCAAGCGUGUUGAGGGUCGAUCUUGGCCUGCCCCUAUUCGAGGUCGACUUUGGAUACAUGCUGCUGGUAAGGUCCCAGAACCUGAAACUAUUAAAGCAAUGGAGGAUUUCUAUAGAGAAAUAUAUGCAGUGAAUGGAAUAACUGAUCUCAAAUUUCCUGAAAAUUAUCCAACUUCACGGUUGUUAGGUGGUUGUGUGGAGGUGGUUGGAUGUAUAAAAUGUGAAGAACUGCAAUCCUGGGAAGAAUUACCAGAAGGGGUUGAGCAUAUAUGUUUCUUUUAUUUUCUCACUUGUUCUCCACGCUUUCAAACUCAUGAUGUUCUGAGAUGGCGAUUCAUAACAUUCUCUUGUGUUAUAUGUGCCAUAUAUGAAAGAAAUGACGUGAAAAAUUGUUCCUUCGUUUCACAGGUCAGAUUGGAGGGACAAUCAGAUUAUUGUUGGUUGUGUGAGCAACCACAGAAACUGAUAAUCCCAUUUGAAAUGCGAGGGCAGCAACAUGUCUAUAAUUUGGAGAAGAAGAUAUAUGAGGCUGCAGUAAGAGGACUACGCCCAGUUGAAGCUCCACACCCAGUGAAAUUUCCCCUUGUAGAUCCUCAAGAUGCUUUCUCACUUAAAGCAGGAUCUCUUGCUGGUCUUGGAAUCUCCAAGGCUUCUGAAAAGGGGAUGCCAUCUAGUCUUAGCAAUGCUAUAGCUGGUGCACGAGCUGCUGCAGUACAGUUCUCAAAGGAAGACAGCGGCGAUGCUUGUGUUGAGAUAGAAGCAGAAAAUUCUGUUGCAUCAAGGACACGGUGUGCACUGAAGGGUAAAGUACAAAAUGAAGAAAAGUAGGCUCACGAUGGGAACCCUUGACUGUCUCUGAGGACUUUCACAACAGUUUCCAGUUGGAAUUUGUGACAGCUGACAAUGACGGCUAAGGUCUCAUAUUCAGCUGUACAACAAGCUAACUGCAAGAUGAUCACAAUAAACCUCGAUGUAAAGGUGUUUGGCAUAUUGGAGAUGAUUGUUGUUUUGUUCCAACAAGACUUCACAAAUCAUAGGAAAAUAGAGAAGAAGCAAUGUAACAGUAACUUUGAUUAGAAUUUCAUUUCUGUUUAAUACUAAAAGAGAAAUGAUACACGACUAUUUAUAGAUAAGCAAUGCAAGAAGGAAAAUUAGUCCUGAAGAGGCGUUUCUAUUCUUGAACAAGGACAAGCAAUACACCGACUAUCAAUCAUACUACUAUUUUUUAGGAAUAGUUUAGGGACGUCUGCAGGAAAUAAAACCUUGUUUAUUCCCAUUUUGAAUCAAGCUGAGCGGAGGAUGUAUGUAGGUGUGAAGAUGCGAAUUAAGUUUAACUUGUCUCUGAAGAAAUGACAAUCAAUAGCCACAUGUUUAGUUCUCUCAUGGUGGACUUGGUUAUGACAUUAUAGAGUUGUAGCAGCUAGCAAGGUUGGAGAGAGCUUGAAGAACUUAUUUUAAAGUGACAAGAGGUUAAGGAUACUUCCUUUGAGUUCAAGUUGGAUUCUUGUGUGGAGUUUUGAUUUAAACAGAGGUAAUUGCAUCCAGAAAGACAUUUUUGGCAUACAUAUUAGCAACAUGACUAAAUCUUUUUGGUAAUCUAUUCCAUAUUUUUGACGAUUGCCAAAUGCCAAGCAACACUAGCCUUAGCUCAAAUGAUACAAUAGUUGGAUAUGGAGAAUGAGUUACAUGAUGAUUAAAGAACUUACAGGGAAACAUGUAUACAUCAAACUUCAAAUUUCUACUUAGAGAUGCUCCUUCACCCCUUUGAUUUUGGUACAUUGUUGAAAUUAAAGUGAGUUUUUUGUGUACUUUCUCCAUUCCCCAAUAGCAACUCAUAGUGACAUUUUCACACACAACACGUGACUAUUACUUACAAGUCUUCGGGAAUGGAGGAAGUGUUAUGUAGCAAAAUCAAAGGGACUAGGGAAUACUUGGCAAGUCAGCUAAUUAUAAAGCUUGUAUCACCAGCGAACGCUGAACUUUAUUUGAAGUUCUUGAAGGAAUACUAGCCUAGGCUAUACAACCUAUGUAAGAGCAGAUAUAAUAGGAAGAUUUACAUUUCAGAAUUUGGAGUAGGUAACAUGUUAAUCUCCCUAUCAUGUAUAAGAGUAAACCUGCAAUGUGUUUAUGUUUCAACUUGUGUAGUACUAUUUUGUUGAGGUCUAUUUACACAAGUUUGAUGAAUUAUGCCGUUUUGAUUAACGAAAAUUUUACAUUGAUAGUCAUCAAAUUCUAAUGUAUUAUCAUUCGUAAUAAUUUUAACAUACAUGUUCAAUUGUUUUUUAACAGUGGUAGCUUGGUUUUGAAUAACACUAGUGGUAUGUUUGGAUUGAGAUCAUUGGAAUGAAGUGAUGAGGGAGAAAUGUAUUUUCCUUUAUUUGAAUGAACAAGUUUGAGGGUAAGGACUUAAAAGGAUAAAGUUUUGAAGGGAUUUGAAGAGUAUUUGGAUAAAAAGAAAAGGAAGGAGAAAGAUUUAAAGGGAUGAACAAAUUUCUUGUUUGGAUAACAAAAUGAGAGAGAAUAGAAGGGAGAAAUUUAGAGGGAUUAGAUUGAUAAUUUUUUGUUAAGGUCUCAAUUUCUCUGAAAUUAACAUAUUUUAAGGGAGAACUUUAAUCUCCUUUCCCUUAAACAACCAAGACUUACUUUAUUUCAAAUUCCUUUCCAUUUCUUUCCCUUUCCUCCUAUCCUUUUCCUUUUAUUU